AACCCAAACCCAAACCCAAAACCAAAUCCAAACCCAACCCCCAAAACCUUUCUUCAUCUCCUGCUCAACAAACACAGUGCCUUUUCGCAGUGCAGAGACUUGGUCUCCACGACAGCUCUUAUCAGUCACUCUCUUAUCUUUUUCCCCAUUUUCCCAAACCAUUUGUUUCCAAAUCUAGCUAGCUACUGAUUUGUUUGUGGUAGUGUCUAAAAGCAGAAGAAGUUACAGUUCAGGAAAAAAAAAAAAAAAAAACAAUGGAGAGAAGCACUCCGGUGAGGAAGCCCCACACAUCCACCGCAGAUCUGCUCACUUGGUCUGAAACUCCUCCAGCCGAUUCUCCCGCCGUUCCUACUUCAGCUUCUCGCUCCGCAGCACGUUCUCACCAGCCGUCCGAUGGGAUCCGUAAGGUGGUGUUUGGAGGGCAGGUAACGGAUGAGGAAGCCGAGAACUUAAACAAACGGAAACCUUGUUCAGGGUAUAAGAUGAAAGAGAUGACUGGUAGUGGCAUUUUUGCAGAAAGGGGAGAAGAUGAUGAAUUGGAAUCUGGCAGUGCCAACCCUACACCAAAUAACAAAACUGGAUUACGUAUGUACCAGCAAGCAGUUGCUGGAAUUAGUCAUAUCUCAUUUGGUGAAGAAGAGAGUAUUUCUCCGAAGAAGCCUACUUCUCUGCCUGAGGUGGCGAAGCAGCGUGAAUUAAGUGGGACCCUGGAAAGUGAGGAUGAGAAGUUGAAGAAGCAGCUUUCUGAUGCUAAAUGCAAGGAGCUUAGUGGACAUGACAUAUUUGCACCCCCUCCUGAAAUUUUACCUAGACCAACUAGUGCACGUGCAUUGGAUUUGAAGGGAAGCAUAGACAUUGGAGAACCGGUUUCAAGAAAUCCUGCUGGAGGACAAAGCAAUAUCACAUCUUCUGAGGAACCUGUGCUGAAGACGGCGAAGAAGAUAUACAACCAGAAAUUCUCUGAGCUCUCAGGAAACGAUAUAUUCAAGGGUGAUGCUCCUCCAUCAUCCACAGAGAAAUCACUUAGUUCGGCAAAAUUGCGAGAGAUUAGCGGAAAUGAUAUCUUUGCUGAUGGGAAGGCAGAGUCCCGAGAUUAUCUAGGCGGUGUACGCAAACCACCGGGCGGCGAGAGUAGCAUUGCCUUGGUUUAACAUGCUAGGACCUAACUUUGGUUAUUUUUAUUACUUGGAGUCAUUUUGGUUUGUUUCUUCUCCUAGUGGGGAUGUGAUAUUACUAUAUAUAUCAUUUGACCUUUCAAUUGUGGUGGUGGGUUUUGGGAAUUGUUUUUUAGGUUUUAACGUGUCGGCCUCAGCUAUGGACUAUAUUGCUAAUUGGGUUGUAUGUCCAUAAUCUGUGUUCUUUUGAUGUGCUUGUCUUAAUGAAGUGCGUGGGCUGUUUCACGGGGU